GCAGUACAGCCCUGAUCGUCCUGACGAUAACCAUUGUGAAGAGACAUAGCCCCGCGCCGGUAGCUUGUGUUGCGACCGCACACCUCUCGCUCUGGAUCUGGAAGAUCUCGGACAAAAUCCCAAAUAUGCGGCUUCUGAGCACAUUUACCUUCCAGCUCUGCACAUUCGUCUCAUCGGAAACUAGGCCGGACUACGCUAUCCUCUCUCAUUGCUGGGACGAGGAUGAGGUCGUCUUUGCCGACAUCCAAGACCUCGCUCGCGCUCGCGCACACACGAGCUGGUCGAAAGUCGAGCGCGCUUGCGCUGCCGCACGGGCCCAAGGUUACGACUGGCUUUGGCUUGACACAUGCUGCAUCGACAAGUCCAGCAGCGCCGAGCUUUCGGAGGCGCUGAACUCCAUGUUCACCUGGUACGGGCGCGCUGGCCUGUGUCUCGCCUAUCUCAGCGAUGUUGGCGACGACGACCCACACAAACCAUACUCGUCAUUUCGCAACAGCAGAUGGUUCACCCGUGGCUGGACGCUACAAGAGCUCGUCGCGCCCGGCCGCUCAGUGGUCUUCCUCUCCAGCGAUUGGGCGCGCAUCGGUUCCAGCACAGAACUCGCAACGCUGCUCGAGCAGAUCACCAACAUCGACGCUGCCAUCCUCCUAUCUGACCACCCCGGACGCGAGGUCGCGAAGCGGAGCCUCGCGCGGCGCAUGUCCUGGGCCGCCGGGCGGAAUACGACGCGCCCGGAGGACAGGGCGUACGCGCUCAUGGGCAUCUUCGACGUCAACAUCCCCGUCCUCUACGGCGAGGGCGGUGAGCGCGCAUUCCGCCGCCUCCAGAUCGAGAUCAUCCAACACUCGUACGACACCACCAUCUUCGCGUGGGGCCCGCGCGGCAUGCCCGCGCACACGUUCGCGCGCCCCAACUCCGACUCGGGGAGCCGCACAAGCUGGAAAUACGAGUGCGAGUACCUGUGGCCGACCGGCCUCCUGCUCGCGCUUUCCCCAGAUGCCUUUCGCGCGUCCGCAGACCUUGUGCGCGUCUCGCUUGCAGAGCUCCCGAGCGCGCUGGGUAUCGGGAUGGUCGACGAGCCGCACUUCUACUACACGCACCUCGGGAUCCGCAUCCCCGUCCCGCUGUGCGAGGUGUACUCACACGAGCAUGGCCGCUUCUGCUGCGCCGCGCUGGCGUGUCGGACGUCUGGGUCGGGGGCAGGCGUAGACGGCGCCCCGCUCUCCAAGUUCAUCGGGCUGAUCCUGUACCGGACGCACGACAACCCCCUGUACUUCCCCAUCCGGAGCCCGGAUCUGAAGCGCGACGAUGGUGCGGCGGGGACACUGUCGAGGGUCAUCGAGCUGCCGUACCCGUUAGCGGGGAACGGGUCUCCCGAGUGGAAGGUCGAGUCCAUAUACAUCUACGCCAAGGCCUUCGGAGAGGAGGCCGAGCUGCUGCAUAUCGGAACUCGCAACGGAUCGACUGCCAUACAUGCCCAGUCGGGCUGAUCUAUAUCAACGUUGAACAUUGAACCCGUAGGGUCCCGACUCUAAUGACUCGUUACCCAACUCAUUACCACAUCCAGAGAAUGC